CCACGGUCCAUGUUCUUCAGAUGCAAUUGCCUAGUGAGGUAAUCGAUCGGCUGCUUACAUAAAAGCUCAUUGGCCUCGGCUCCGUUGACGGCUGUCACUUUCAUUUUGCAUGAGGACGAUCUUUUUUGCAUGAGGACGAUCUUGGGUGGCAACCAUCAGGUUCAUCACACUACUACAACAUGGUUCAGAGCAAGGCAUCACAAGAGCACGAUUACGACGCUGUCCGUGCCUCCAUCCGCAAAGUCCUAGACCAACCUGGCUACGAUGACGGAAGCGCAGGACCAAUCUUUGUGCGACUCGCAUGGCAUGCUUCGGGUACCUAUGACAAGGCCUCGAACACGGGCGGAUCCAAUGGUGCUACCAUGCGAUAUGCCGUUGAAGCCAACGAUGGUGCUAAUGCCGGUCUCGAGCAUGCGCGCAACUUUCUCGAGCCUGUCAAGAAGGAACAUCCUUGGAUCAGCUACGGCGACCUUUGGUGUUUAGCAGGCGUAGAGGCUGUCAAGGCCAUGGGCGGUCCUGAUGUGCCCAUCAAGUUCGGGCGAUUGGACCACACAGAUGACUCGAAUGUGCCUCCCAAUGACCGGCUUCCUGAUGCUACCCAGGGCACCAACCACCUGCGCGAUGUCUUUUAUCGUAUGGGCUUCAACGACCGAGAAAUCGUUGCACUUUCUGGUGCACACAAUCUUGGACGUUGUCACGGAGACCGCUCUGGAUUUGAGGGUCCUUGGGUCCCCCAACCAACGCGAUUCAGCAACACAUAUUUCCGGCUUUUGCUAAACGAGGAAUGGAAGCAAAAGACCAACAAGCAAGGCCUGAUGCAAUAUCGCGACGAGGAUGACGAGCUGAUGAUGUUGCCCACGGAUUAUGCCCUCAUUAAGGACGAGAAGAUGCUUCCCUGGGUGCAGAAGUAUGCUGAUGACAAGGAGCUCUUCUAUCAAGACUUCAGUCAAGUGUUCGCCAAGUUGAUCGAACUCGGGAUUGACCGUGAUGAGCAAGGCAAUGUACACAAGAAGGGCAUGGAAGAUGGCGAUCGUGUCAAUGUGCAGGGUGCGCAGCGCAGGGUCACGGAGAGGCCCAUGGCCAAGCUCUAGAUGCUUUCAUAAGUGUUGAUUGAAUUCAAUGCCCCC